AUGGCACCUCAACUGGCACCGCUUGCACGAAGUGACUCGAAGAACAAAUUUUUCCAGCGCCUUGGGCUGUCUCCUGAACGGAAGUCUGACAACCGUCUCUAUGAGCUGAUGAAGGAUGAGGCAGUGCAAGGACGAGAACGAAUAUUGAGCAGUCCAAACAGCCUAUUGCCUCAGUUGAGGGGUGAUCCUGAUAUACGACCGCCAUACUCGAACAUUCAAAUAUGUGAAUCUGCGAUUCAUGCUGAGAUCUUGAAGAUAUACCGAGAAGCAUCUCCUGAGACCAAGACCAUGUAUGAGAAAGGCCAUGACACCGAGAGCUUCAACGAGGAAAACUGGAUCAUACGAUGGAUGCUGUGUAAGUCUUCGAGCAUGAUGAUUGUAGUGUACUGA